ACCAAAACAAUCAAAUGUGCUCUUUCACAAACCCAACUUCAUUUCCCUUUCUCUUCCCUCUCUCAACACAAUAUUCCCUCUUUUGCUUUCCUCUCAAAUCAGCAAUGGGUGUGUAGAGAUCUUGUUGUCUCUUUUAUGUAUGUAGUUUGAUCGACGGUGUUAAAAGCCCUUGUAAAGUGGAUGGACUAUGGAGUAGCAUAUAACUUCAGCCCAGCCCGAAAUAGAAAUUGGAUUGGACUUUUCGACCCGAUUCGUUUUCAUCAGCCCAACAACCCGUUUCAAAUUUCAAAAUCCGUAAAUUCCCUCCAAAAAACCCAAAUUUGAAUUUACAGUGUAUUUCUCCAAAAUCACUUGCAGAAAUGGCUUCCAAAUCUCUAAAACCUCCUAAACAACCACCAAAAAACCCUAAAAAACAAUGGUCCCUCAAUGAUUUCGAGAUCGGAAAACCCCUCGGAAAAGGCAAAUUCGGCCGUGUAUAUCUCGCCCGUGAAGUUAAGAGUGGAUUUAUAGUGGCGUUGAAGGUGAUAUUCAAGGAGCAAAUAGAGAAAUACAGGUUGCAUCAUCAACUUAGGAGGGAAAUGGAGAUUCAAACGAGUCUUCGCCAUCCCAAUGUACUGAGGCUAUAUGGUUGGUUUCAUGAUGAGGAGCGGAUUUACUUGAUUUUGGAGUAUGCUCAUGGUGGUGAGCUGUAUAGGGAGCUGAGGAAGACUGGUCGCCUUCCUGAGAAACAAGCUGCCAUAUAUAUUGCAAGUCUCACACAAGCUUUGGCGUACUGUCAUGAGAAGCAUGUCAUUCACAGGGACAUAAAGCCAGAAAACCUGUUACUUGAUCAUGAGGGUCGCUUGAAGAUUGCAGACUUUGGGUGGUCUGUACAAUCUAGAAGCAAGAGACAUACAAUGUGCGGAACUCUGGACUACUUAGCACCAGAAAUGGUGGAGAACAAAGCUCAUGAUUAUGCAGUUGACAAUUGGACCCUGGGGAUCCUUUGCUAUGAGUUUUUAUAUGGUGUGCCUCCAUUUGAGGCUGAGAGACAGACCGACACAUUCAGAAGAAUUAUGAAGGUAGACCUCAGCUUCCCUUCAACACCUGAUGUAUCUGCUGAAGCUAAGAAUCUCAUUAGCCAGCUUCUUGUGAAGGAUUCUUCGAAAAGGCUCUCUCUUCAAAAGAUCAUGGAGCACCCUUGGAUAAUUAAGAAUGUCAUAUGACACUGUAAUCUGAGUCUCUCCAUUCGCAUCGUUUAGUUAAAGCCCUGUCUAGUGAAAGUGGCAGAUCACUCAAUGUUUGUUGUUUCAAGUCACAUAAUAUGAGAUGUAAUCAUCUUGAUUUCAAUAGUUUGUAUCAGAUGGAGUGUGAAGCUUUGUUGGUGUGACAUUGAUAUAGUUUCGUAUAAAUAUUUGUGUAUCAUUUAUAUAAAUGACCUUACUUGA